GUGGAAUUUUAACUAAAGUACAUUCAUAGGAAUAUUUUUUUUGAAAAAGGAAUGCAAAUUAAUAUAUGGUAUAUUUAAAAAAUUCGCUUUUCGCAUAUCUAUGUAUAGCAAUCACAGAAAGUUUGGAAGCGUCUGUAAUGAUACUUGGCUCUCGGAACUAGUAGUGUUACCAUGUUCGUAUAUGAUUAGAACUUAUUGAUGCUUUAUUACACAUUCAAACUAUAAAUAGUAUAUUUUAUGCAUAUUAAAGACUUAGCGUUAAUAUACCCUGUACAUAGAUUUUCUUAAUCAUAUAACUUUUGAGUAACUUCAGUCUCGAUUUGACGUUAACAAUUGUUAUUUAUAUAACUAGAUAACACAGAGUGGCCACACUGGUAAUUCAAUGACAUUUUGAUGUUUUGUUGAAGUAAAUAGUGAAGUGUGUCUCGCGUGUGGCCUUCGAUUUUACGUUUUGUGUAGAAAAUUUGCAAAAUUUAAUGUGCAAAAUAUAUAAAUAACUUAAAGCUAAAUAAUAUUUUAAAUCACCGUCAAAGAAAAGCGAAAGCAAAAACAUUUGAAAAAUUCUUUUGGCCCAGCUAAAUUGUGUACUUAAUAUCAUUUCCGGCACGAGAACAAAUUCUCCAUACAUAUAAUGUCACAAAUUCGCCCACUGGCACCCGAGCUGGCUGCGGUCGCGCGCACCGAACUCAAUGAACUAGAAUCAGAUAUUGCCAGCAAAACUAUAGAGCUGCGUCAGUGGAUUGACGAACAGCCAUAUUUGACGGCGCGUACCGAUGAUCAAUUCCUUGUGGGCUUCCUGCGUUUCUGCAAAUACAAUAUGGAUGACGCAAAGAAACGUAUCGACUACUAUUACACAUACAAAACAACAGCUGGCGAUUUACUUAAGUCUCGACGCAUUGACGAUAAAGUAUUUGGCAUUUGUCGUGCGGGCAUAUUUGCCACGCUACCCAAACCCGUGGGUCCAGGCGGUCCACGCAUACAUUUCACACGUAUGGGUCACAUUGAUACUUCCCUCUAUACGGCCAAAGAUAUCUUCCGUUUCAUAAUGUUUCGUUCUGAAAUUGAGGCCAACACCGAUGAUAAUUGGAUUAUUAGUGGUGUGCUUGAAAUAAUCGAUUUUUCAAAAAUCCCUUAUGCAUUGUUGCGUCAAUUCGAAGCGAAUUUAUUUAAAAAGAUGGCCGCAUUCUUAGAAUAUGGCGUUCCCACCAAUCUGGUGGGCACACACAUCGUAAAUGCUUCCAUGGAUGCCCAAAUCAUAUUGAAUUUGGUGCGUCUAGUUAUGAAACAAAGAGAAUUGCUCCACAUACACUCUACGCUGGAGUCACUGCAUAAGGCAAUUGGCAAGGAGUAUCUGCCCGUCGAAUAUGGUGGUAAUAAUGGCACCUACGAAGAAGCCAUGGUAAAUUUCGAACAACAGCUCAACGAUUUUAGCGAUUAUUUCGAUGAGGAUGAAAAGUAUGGUGUCGAUGAGACAUUGCGACAAAUUGAGCCAACAGUUGGUCCGGCUGCUAAUAAGACGCCGCCCACACCAGUCUCGCCGCCAUCGCCUAAAUGUAAAUCUUCCUUCAAUAUAUGGAAUUUAUUAAGUUCAUAAAAAUUGUCAUUCAAUCACUAUAAAUACCUUACAUAAGUAAUAAAAGAAAAAAAUGGAAAAUAUAUUACAAUUUGAAAA